GUAUUCGAUACUCAGAAGAACUAUCGUUGAAACGUUUCAUUCCACCGGAAAUGUUGCGCAAAGGACUGGGAUUCGAAAACGAUCAAAUUGCACCUCAAGCUGUUAGACCAGGCGAGGAAUCCAUUGGUCCUGGAACUCUACGACGACAAACUCCGAUCAGUGCUUCCGAACGACAUCUAGCCGGACCACCAGGACGUCGUGGCACCAGUCCGGCACUAUCGACCGGUGGACAAAUGUUCAACGCCAGUGAGCUGGGCACUUUACCACGUUCAGGAACACUCCCUCGAGGAGUUAGCCCUAGUCCAGGCGCUUAUUGUGGUACUAUCGGUCGAACCCCAAUGAUGCCGUCGGUAUCGUUCUCGGAAGGUCUCGAAAAUGAACAGUACGAUAUGGCUCUGGUGCAUUCACCUAGAGUCGUUCCCAAUAAGGAAAUGACUGUAUUUCGGCCACAGAAUUUCAUCGAAAAAGCUGCACUCAAUCGUGGAUGGCUUGACUCAUCCAGAUCGCUAAUGGAGCAAGGUAUCUUCGAAGGUGAUGUUGUUCUACUGAGAUUUAAAUUCAUGACGUUGUUCGAUAUGAAUCCU